UGCAGGUCUCCUAAAGGCGCGCCUUGAGGCGGGUCGCUCAAGGUCGCCGGGACGAAUAGCAGUGCCACUCGUUAAACUCAGUGAACAUGAGAGAUCUGAAAAAAGAUGAAUUCGCUAAGGUUGUAGCCAAACUACAGAAAUAUAUUAAGGAUGCUGAUGAAUUAUUAAACAGACCAGACGACAAGUACAAUUUUUACUACCAUCGUGAUCGCGUUUUUUAUUGCCGUUCGACACUCGCAAAACAUGCUGCAUCAAUCAAAAAGAAACAUUUGCUAAGCUUUGGGACUUGUAUUGGUCGCUUCUCAAAAACAGGCAACUUUAGACUCCACAUAACCGCGCUUGACUUCUUAUCACCGUAUGCCAUGUAUCGUGUUUGGUUAAAAGCACCGUCUGAACAGCAGUUUCUUUAUGGACAAAAUAUUUUGAGGUCAGGUGUCGCUAAGAUGUCGGACAACACUCCUCAGUACGCCGGUGUUGUUGUAAUGAACAUGAGUGAUAUGCCUCUAGGUUUUGGGGUUGCUGCCAAGUCAUCUCUGCAAGUAAAAAACACUGAUCCAAUGACAAUAACCGUCUUUCACCAAGCUGAUAUUGGGGAGUAUAUUCGAUCGGAAGAAACUAUCGUUUGAAGUAUAUGGAUAACCUUAUGUACUGCUUUUUUCUGUUUGUAUAAAAACUUUCCUUAAACACCAUGUUGUUGGCUAAAUGGCUUUAAGAUGACAAAAAUGUUACUUGGAGAUCAUGUGAUUUUGUUUAAGACAGCAGUUACAUCUCGAGGCACUGUCAGGUAUAUACGUUGAGAAAUGCCUAAUUAACGACUGUCCUAUCCUAGCUUUGUGAAAGAUGUAUUUAUACCUAUUUUGCUUCGUGAUUGUCCUCAGUCUCUUCGAUUGUUUUAGAAUCUAAAAAUACAAGUACGGUUAAUA